AUGUCGACCCGGCUGGGUGGGGGAGGAGGGCGAGAGAUAGACGGUAUGUAUGUGCGUGUGCACACACAAGUGUGCCAUCGUGUUAACACACGUCAACACACACUGGCACCAACGGAUGCCAGGACUAUGAUAGACAGCCUCAAGAGGCUCAGAGUGUGCAUCUGCUCGUGGUCGGGACAAGUUGAAACGGUUUCAAGUGUUCGGCAACUUCAGCAGACCUCCCACCGGAAGUGGGGCCGAGGUUGGCAAGAAAUCGGCUCCUCUGCGCCCGACCGAUUCGACUCAAGCCGGAGAGUCGAUCUCGAGGCGGACUCGAGCCCGGCGCCUGAGGUCGGCGUUGACAUGACUCGAGGAAGCUACCACCACGCCAUCCUCCUCACGCCUGCGGCCUACCUGCUUGGCGCCGACAGGCCGGACCCGGCGUCAUGGUUACAAGAGGCUCUCGCUCAAGCCGACCACUUCGCCCGGCAACUGAUGAUUGUCAUGGCCGAGCACUAUCCCCAAGUAGCUUUGUUGGGACCACCUUCGCGAGACCGUCUGCCCCGAGACCUCUGGGCCGAUUGGUCGCGGUUGUCGGCCGGUCUCUUUUCUCAGGCCAGUCGGAUCGUCUUUCUGGUCACUCGGGCCGUCGGCGACGCAUUCAACCGGUUCUUGGAGCACCGGCUUCUGCCGCUCACCGCUCGUCGCCACCUCGCCCCGGCCGGACAGGAGUGGCACGGCCGAUUCGUCUUCGCCGUCAUCGGAGUCGACCUGAGGCUGCGGCCUCUCUGGAACUCCGGUCUCUGUUUGGGCGAGGAGGUCUACUUCAAAGAGGAGGCCUGGUUCCGCGAUUGGACCGCCCUUGAUGCCCUCUAUCGCGCAGUAAAGGAAAAGUCUCGGGACGGCAGCGUCUCUGAGAAAUCGACGAAACGAGGCGAUCCGUUGAAGCAGAAUUUUUGCAAAAAUUUGAAGAGGCGAAUGGAGGCUUUCGUGAAUUGGCCCCAACUGAGACCGGAAGAUGUGACUGUAGAUUUGUGCGAGCAAAUCGUCAGCGCUUUUUCCCGCGACCUCGAAAUAUCCAUGAUCCGUCUUCAUCUGUCCCAUUGUGACUCUCCAAUUCGAAUGGAAAGUUGGUUGGAAGGAAUUCGCGAUGAGUUCUCACCGGAAACCGCAGGAGGAUGGCCGCGUAGGGAAGACUGUUGA